UAAUAAAGAACUGUGUUUGCACAAUUUAAAUAAGUCAAACAAACUUUUACAUGAUCAGAACUCACAAAUUGCUAAAUUUUAUAUAGACACACCUAGUUAUACAGUCAAGCUGUAUGUGUUUGAGCUUUCUAUAUAUCACUUAUCAUAUCUUUAUUUUGUAAGUGUGCCAAAGCAAGCACGAACACACGUUUAGCGUCGUGUUAGCACAUCGCCAUUAACAUGAAAUGUUGGCAUCUUACGUAUUAAAUAACAUUUUAUAAAAUACGCAUUUCGGAUAACUCCAUUCUUGAAAUUGUUCGAUUUAAGUAAGAAAAAAAGAAAAACGGCGUGACCAAAUUAGAAGAACGUCUCGAUUACGUCAAGCGUGCGUGCGCGUCCCCGAGUGCGCGUCCCCGCGUAUCCCGUAGGAUGCAACUGCUGCAUGAAGUAGCGGGUCGCAGGACGCAUCUUCAACUUGUCCAAUAGGACUCAUGAAACUGCAGGGUGUUUUUUUUUUUGGGUUUUUUUUUUUUUGCCUGGCUAAAUAUUUUUUGCUGAAAAGAAUAUCCGCUACACUCUUAAUAUAUGUUUUAACUCGCUCCCGCUAAUUUAAACCGACACUUUCGCGCAGCCUUCUGCCAUGAUGCUCGGGUUAGCUAGUUAACGUUAGCCGGCUAAACUAGCUUCCAGAGCGUUCAUCUGCCGUUUAGUCUCUAUGAUCCUCUUCGCCGUUUGGAGGGAUCUAACAUGGGAAAAAUCGACCGGAUCCUGGAGUGGUCCCGUUAUCUCCAAGACCCCCACCACGUCGCCCGCUUCCAGAAGGUUUGUGGGGUUCACGGGACGUUUUCCCGGACCUCCGCGGCGACGAGCGGGGAAGCGGACCGGACUCACUUGCACAACAACGGCGUUUGUCGUCCCCGCUACGGCGAAGGUGAGAGGAGCCUCGUUGUCACGGAGGGCGGAGACGGGAAGAAAGCGACAGCGCCCGGGUUUCAGCAGAGAACUGUCGACCCCACAACCACCGCCGAAGUCAUUCUGAAAACGGACGGGGAUAAUGAACACCUUCCGCGGAACGGGGCUGUUGUCACUACCGGCGGGGGUGAAACUGUCAGUUGCCGUACCAACGGCUGCAGGUUGGUCGCGGAGAGCGGCGGCACCACCACCGCGGCUCUCCACGCUUCUGGCUUCUCAGGGAGAACUGAGUCCCACGGCAGUGUGGCCAAGGAUCCAGGUGUCCCCCAGUGCAGCACACUGAAGCCGCUUCGCAAAAACUCUUUGACGGGCGACGCCGGGCAGGAGUUUCUCAUCGAGAACAAGUUUUUAUACUACCUGUUCACGUUCGGAACCGAGCUGGGCAACGAGUCUUUCUACAUCACCUUCUUCCCGUUCCUCAUGUGGAACGUGGACGCCUUCGUCAGCAGAAGACUGAUCAUGGUGUGGGUGUGGGUGAUGUACCUGGGACAAUGCACCAAAGAUAUCAUCGGAUGGUCCCGGCCCGCAUCUCCACCUGUGGUCAAGGUGGAGAUGUUCUACAACUCCGAAUACAGCAUGCCCUCCACCCACGCCAUGUCGGGCACGGCCAUUCCUUUCUCCUUGUUCCUCAUGACCUGUGACCGGUGGGAGUACCCGUUCUCAGUGGGAUUCAGCCUGGCUCUGUGCUGGUGUCUACUGGUCUGCCUGAGCCGAAUUUACAUGGGCAUGCACUCUAUCCUGGAUAUCAUUGCUGGCUUCCUGUACAGUGUCCUGAUCCUGAUGUUCUUCCUGCCAGUGCUGGACCUGAUCGACAACUUCAACCUGACCUGCCACUAUGCCCCUCUCAUUAUCAUCUCCCUCCACCUGGGCCUUGGUCUCUUCUCCUUCACCCUUGACACUUGGAGCACCUCAAGGGGUGACACCGCUCAGAUUCUUGGCACAGGUGCCGGCGUGGCCCUGGCUUCCCACGUCAACCACCUCCUGGGGCUGCUGCCUGACCCAUCCUCGGAUCAGCUCCCCUUCUCCAUGCCGUCUCUCAGCAUAGGGCUGGUGGGGAUGGCCAUGUUGAGGCUCUGCCUGGGUGUCCUAGUGCUGGUGGCCACACGAGCCCUGAUGAAGGCAGUCACCAUCCCCCUUGUCUGCUUGCUAUCAGGGGUUCCCAGUGGGGAUGUGAGGAAAGCCAGGCAACACAUGGAGGUGGAGCUUCCCUACCGCUAUAUUGUCUAUGGGACAGUUGGGUUCAAUGUCCUAUUCUUGGUUCCUCUGCUCUUCAGCUACUUGCAGCUGUCUUGA